GGGGGGGGGGGGGGGGGGGGGGGGGGGGGGGGGGGGGGGGGGGGGGGGGGGGGGGGGGGGGGGGGGGGGGGGGGGGGGGGGGGGGGGGGGGGGGGGGGGGGGGGGGGGGGGGGGGGGGGGGGGGGGGGGGGGGGGGGGGGGGGGGGGGGGGGGGGGGGGGGGGGGGGGGGGGGGGGGGGGGGGGGGGGGGGGGGGGGGGGGGGGGGGGGGGGGGGGGGGGGGGGGGGGGGGGGGGGGGGGGGGGGGGGGGGGGGGGGGGGGGGGGGGGGGGGGGGGGGGGGGGGGGGGGGGGGGGGGGGGGGGGGGGGGGGGGGGGGGGGGGGGGGGGGGGGGGGGGGGGGGGGGGGGGGGGGGGGGGGGGGGGGGGGGGGGGGGGGGGGGGGGGGGGGGGGGGGGGGGGGGGGGGGGGGGGGGGGGGGGGGGGGGGGGGGGGGGGGGGGGGGGGGGGGGGGGGGGGGGGGGGGGGGGGGGGGGGGGGGGGGGGGGGGGGGGGGGGGGGGGGGGGGG